UGGGCUCCGCACCGCCUCCCUUUCCCCACGUGCGUCCGCCUGCUCCGCUCGUCCUCCAUCGCCGCCAGGAUGCUGCUGGCCCGCGCUCUCCGCCCGGCUGCGGCCGCCUUGGCGCUCCGACCCGUCCAAGCGCCGCUGCGCCUCGGCGCGCCUCGCUUGCCCGCCGCCCUGGCGCCUCCCGCCGCCGCCCGGCCCUUCACCCGCUCCUUCUGGCUGCUGCGCGGCGGCGGGCAGGGCCGGAGCGGCCUCCUGCGCAGCCCCGGGCCCUCGCCCUCGCUGGCCUGUACCUGCGGAGGGCUCCACACCGAAGGUGACAAAUCUUUUGCAGAGUUCCUGACAGAUGAAAUUAAGGAGGAGAAGAAAAUCCAAAAAAACAAAACCUUGCCCAAAAUGUCUGGAGGGUGGGAGCUGGACGUGCAGGGCACAGAAGCCAAGCUGGUUCGGAAGGUUGCUGGAGAAACGGUCACAGUUUCCUUCAACAUUAACAACAGCAUCCCUCCAAGCUUUGAUGAGACCCAAGAAGAACAGAAACCCAACGAGCAAGAGCCUGAGCUGACCUCCACCCCGAAUUUUGUCAUUGAAGUGACCAAGGAUGACACCAAGCAGACACUUGUGCUAGACUGCCAUUAUCCUGAGGAUGAGGUUGGUCACGGUGAGGAAGAGGAGAGUGACAUUUUCUCCAUCCGGGAGGUGAGCUUCCAGCCCACAGGAGACUCCGAAUGGCGAGAAAAUAAUUACACCCUCAACACAGAUUCUCUUGACUGGGCCCUGUAUGACCACUUAAUGGAUUUCUUGGCUGACCGAGGAGUGGACAACACAUUUGCCGAUGAGCUGGUUGACCUCAGUACAGCCCUGGAGCACCAAGAAUACAUUCGAUUCCUUGAAGAUCUUAAACAGUUUGUGAAAUGCCAGUAGGCCAAGACCAAGGUUAAGGCCUAAGCCCUGUUAAGGGGGCACAGUUUCCUGUGCUUUUACCAUCAGAUGUUGAACUCUUAAUAACCCAGGCGAUAAGAGAGGGAAUGAGAGUAAGAGUUGAAGUUUGAGAGUUGAAGUUUGAAACAUACAUCAUGAGAGGAAAAUUUAAACAAUUUGAGUAACUGGUAGUGGCUGUUUCAGACCUGACAAGCGUAAUGAAGUCUAGCUCUCCAAUUUGUAACACGCUCACUGUUCUUGGAAGUGUGUUUUUUUGUACAAUUUGAAGAAGGAAGGUAAUAUGAUGUGAAAAUAAAACCAAGUUGAACACCUUG